AUGAGCACAGCCACAGAGAUCAAACUGUUGACGCUGCUCAACGUCAGUGCGGUGAAGAGACCACGAGAUCUGGACAGACCCGGAGGACACAGAGGUUCACCUUCAUUCUCCAAAGCUCCUUCCACAGUUCAGGAGUCAGAAGAUGGUAAAGAACCUUCGGCCAAAAGAAGGAAAAGCGUAGUAUUUGGUGGUGAAGUAGGUCCAAGUGGUAGUACGUUUGGGAAGAAAGGAAAGGGGAAAGCAAAGAAAGUUGAAGUUCAGCUUAAUGGCGUUCAGGAGGCAGCUCGAGAAUUAGCUAAUGGGGAUGAAGAUGUUUUUGAGGAUGAAGUCGAAACUGAGGAUGAGGGAGAAACCUCUUCAUCAACUGAUGUAGACCUGUUCAAUAUGCACUUUGGAGCUACCCCUCCUAUCCUCACGAAAGAUGCUAUCUCUGUAGUUGAAGAGCGUACUUGGAAAGCUGAAAGGAAAACUCUUAAAGGAUUCGGAAGAGUGUUGGACCUAUCAGCAGGCAAUAACAUCCCAGUAGAAGAUCUGGAAACACGAAUCUCACCUUCCCUCUCUGCCUCUCUGAAAGCGUCUUCCUCCUCAUCAUCCCUUGUCUCUACCUCCCUAUCCCAUCUUGGUACAUAUAAAGACUUCUACCUUCAUUCAUUGGAAGGUGAAGCUGAUGGAUCCGAGAGCUCCAUCUUCGGAGAACAGAAAGAAGCUAUGAGGAAAGCAGCUGUCGUUCACGCUUUAAAUCAUGUUCUCAAGACAAGACGUCGUAUCAUUCGGAACAACGAGAAACUUGCACAUGCUGCUGCAUCCGAUAAACCAACUUCUGUUCCUGAACCACCAAGAGAUUCAUCUUUCACUCGACCCAAAAUACUUCUCUUGCUUCCCUUCCGCUCACUAGCAUUACACUAUAUCAAAACACAUCUCCUCCCACUUGCACCUCUAGGAACCCAGAUAGAGAAUCAACGACCAUUCCUAUCUUCCUUUUCACUCCCUGAAAAUGAGGAAGAUCCCCUUGCUGCCGCCUCGGCCAGUAACGAUUUCCCAAUGGAUCAUCUAGUUAACUUUAAAGGCAAUAGUGACGACAACUUUAGAUUCGGUAUCAAGCUCACUAGAAAAGCUUGGAGGAUAGUGAUGCCUCCUGCAAACGAGGAGAAGCUACUUGAUUGUGACAUAAUCGUUACCAGUCCUUUGGGUUUCAAGAUGGCAGCAGAGAAAGAAGAUAGUAUAGAUAUGUUGAGUUCCAUCGAGGUGAUGAUCGCAGAUGGACUGGAUGUAAUGGCUAUGCAAAAUUGGGAACAUGUUCAGUUCAUCUUUAACAACAUGAACAAGAUCCCUAAAUCUCCUCACGGAUGUGACUUUUCUCGAGUGAAACCGUGGUAUCUAGAAUCACAGGCACAAUACCUCCGACAAACGAUACUUUUCUCUCGAUACGAUACACCGGAAUCGCGAGCUCUGUUCAAUAGACAUUGUCACAAUCUUCAAGGUAAAAUCAGACUUGAAAAGACAGAUUACAAUGGUGUUCUAGGUCGUGUUAGACGAGGUGUACGCCAAGUGUUUGAAAGGAUUGAUCUCGAGGGGUCCGAAGGAUUGAACGGUGCCGUUGAAGAAGUUGAUACGAGAUUAGAGUGGUUUACAAAGAAAACUAUCCCCUUAUUACUUCGCUCGGCAAUCUCUCGUCAAAACACAUUGAUCGUCGUUCCUUCAUAUUUCGACUUUGUCCGUCUGAACAACUAUCUUCGAAAGAACGAUGUUGUCUCGUACGCUGCAAUCUCUGAAUACUCCUCUAAUUCCGAAAUAGGUAAAGCUCGUACCUUGUUCUUCAAAGGCAAAAAAGCAUUCUUGAUUGUAACAGAAAGAUUCCAUUUCUACAGACGAUACAAGAUCCGAGGAGCUAAAACACUGGUCUUCUAUUCACUACCUGAUCACGCUCAAUUUUAUUCUGAAUUCAUGGCUACACCUUUCCUUGGAUCAAAAGGUGUUGGAGAAGUUGAAGUGGAUGAAGCUGAAGUAUCCAGUAGAGUGUUGUUCUCAAGGUUUGACGCGUUGAAACUGGAGAGAGUCGUAGGAUCAGGAAGUUCUAGGCAAUUAUUGACUAGUGGGGAACCAAGUUUUCAGUUUAUUUGA